AUGAUGAAGCACCGGUACGCAAGCCUACGGGAGGGCGCUGAACUUGGCGUGGACGACGCGGAGCAGCGCUGCAGGCGCAAGCUGUGGAAGCGGUCGAUCAUGAGCAUCCUAGCCCUGCUCGCCUUGGCAGCGUUGGUGACCUUCUUGGCAGCAUCGCCGAGAGGGGAUGCGCACCCCGGCGUUGGACAUGAAGACGGGCGACUGCUGUUCGUCGGGGUGCUUCAUCGACACGGGGCACGGACAGGCAUCCAUCACUACACUUUUGAAAAUUUCACAUGGCCCUGGAAGCUGGGGGCACUCACACUGGAAGGCAUGGAGAUGGGUUUCAACAUGGGCAAGAAACUGAGGUCUGACUACUGGCGGCAUCUCACCAGUAGCUCCUCGCAAAUGCACAUUGAUGCGACCUCCACGAACGUCCCCCGAACCAUUGACACUGUGCACAGUGCUUUGCUGGGACUGUUCCUUGGGGACCAAGUCAAAACGAGUUCUAUUCUGGAAAGAGACUGCUCUUGCAGACCCGAUCGCGGUGGACAGGCCUCCUCUGUUGAAUGCAUUGGCAAGUGUUUGGGCCUGGACUCCGUUCCGUCAGAACUACCAAAAGUGAAGGUCUUGCAGAGCUCCAGUAUUGAGGCCUCGCUAUUGCAGCAACCCUACGUUUGCAAAGAAUAUAGGACCUGGCUCAGUGACUUUGACACCUCACAACAGUACAGUGCGGCUGUGGAUGAGUUUUCUGAGCAAAUUAGAUUCCUGAAGAAGGUAGUAAAUGGAGACAGACUGUGUUUUGACGAUCUGACCGGCAAAACCAUUAAGAACGAUGAAACGUGCACCAACAUCACCUUGGAGGCUGUGGAAAGGGUUUGGGACAGUGCUGUUUGUGCCCUGUUUGAAGGAAUAGACUACCCCAGCCCAACGAACCACACAGGCCUCAUUGACACAUUUCAACCAACUGUGGAUUGGCUGUGGCACCACUGGUUUACUGUGGAUCAGGGCCCAAACAUGGGUGGCAUUCUACUCAACGACAUACUUGAAAGGAUGCAUGCAGCCCAGGUUGCAGACGAGUCCCUGUGGAAAACAGAGAACCGCAAAAUGGGAAAAGUCGCGGGCUUUCAAGGUGCAUCGAUGGUGCUGUACUCUGCACACGACUCAACCGUGGCCUCAUUGCUGGCCGCCCUUGGGUUGGAGAACUGGAGUUUGCCUUCCUUUGUUGCCCACAUUACCGUUGAAUUGUGGGCAUCGGGAACGUCAAAUGAGACAGACCCAAGGGUUGUCUUGCAGUAUUAUGAUGGCAGGGACGGCCACAUGCUGGAUGUUCGCGGGUGCCCAGAUGGGACUUGUGCGUACAGCAGUCUGGUUGCCGCACUGUCCAGCAGACGUAUGACCAUGGCAAAUUGCACAUUCGUGGCACCAAAGGAGGCAGUAAACAGCACUGCAGCAGAGAAAGGCCGCCGAUGA